CUGACUCCAAGCAGCUGGGCAAACAUGGCGUCAGUCUCACAGUGUGAUAAUUAUGUCACUCCUGCUUUUCUAGCUGUUGCUCCUGUCUGUGGAGUAUGAUCAUGAACGCACGAAGGGAACACGAAGAGGUAUUUUUCGCGGCAUUUUUUUCAAAAAGUAUCGUUCCUCGACACAGUAGCUGAGACGCUGUGAUUGGCGCAAAGGUAAUUGCUUUUGUUAGCAGGACGCAUGACUAUCUGCGGACUGUAUAUCCUUAUGCCGCAAUUGAACACUGCAACCUCAUUUUAUGUAUGUGUUUUUGUUGGUGGGUGCGUGGACGAUGAGCUCGCAGCGGUCAAUGCGGCUUCACGUUGUCUUGCAUCAUUUGUAAGUGAGCUGCACAGUGUGGUGUCUCUCAUGCCUUGCUCAACAGCAGCACUAUGAUAGGUUCACCUGACGUGGUGGCUUUCACCAAAGAGGAUGACGACGGUCAGAACAAUCCCGAUCCAUGGGCUAUUCCAGAGGAGUUCUCCAUCCCACUCCACCCGCUGGCGGAUUCCAACCCUUGGGUUAAAACUUCUUACGCCAAGUUCUCAAAAGACUUCAUCCUUAUAUCGGAGUUCUCCGAGCAGGUUGGCCCUCAGCCUCUCCUCACCAUCCCGGAUGACUCCAAAGUCUGCGGCACGUUCGAUCUCAACUACUUCUCCCUGCGGAUCAUGUCGGUGGACUACCAGGCCUCAUUCGUGGGGCAUCCGCCUGGCAGUGGAUACCCUCGGCUCAGCUUUGUGGAGGACUCAAGAGUGGUGCUGGGCGACUCCAAGGAAGGGGCUUUUGCCUACGUUCAUCACCUAACGCUGUAUGACCUGGAGGCCAGGGGUUUUGUGCGACCUUUCUGCAUGGCGUAUGUUUCCGCAGACGAGAGGAAGAUCAUGUUGCAGUUUCAGGAGCUGUCUUCCCGCUUCUCAAAGGCCUCCGAGUGUUUGAAGGCGGGGAACCGUAGAGCUUUUGCUAAAGAACUUCAGAGGAAGCUUCGAGACUUGGAGUACACACGCUCUGUUCUGCAGAGGGAGGAGGGCCUCCAGAGAGAGGCGGGGCCGCAGUGCAUGUAUUCCGCUCACGCCGUGGAAAAGGCCAACGAGCUCGCCAACGUGGAAAAGAGCAUAUACGAACACAAGGACCUUCUACGGCAGAUCAGCUCGUACCCCUACCGCCCACGCCGAGACCCUCAGGCUGUUGCUUGUCAGAAGUGCAUGAGCGAGUGCGAGGAGCUCUUUGGCACGUUAGCUAACCCCAUCAGUUACACCGACGGAGAGGUGAAGGAGGAUGUUCUGGGACAUAACGGUCAUGGAGGAGGCGAAGAAGAAGACGACGACGACGAGCGUGUUAAACGCAGGCCGUCCUACACGCCGCAAUUAAUCAAAGCCAAGUCUGCAAAGUGUUUCGACAAGCGCCUCAAAACACUCCAAGAGCUUUGCGACGACACCUUCUACGAGGCCACCGUGGAGCUCCUGAAGGACACAGAGAGAAGUUUCCGGGGUGAUCUGUGCUACCUUCACACCCGCCGCUUGGAUCGAGCCAUGCGGAGGAAGCAGACAGUGAUAAACUUCCUCUUUGAGGAGGAACUCUCUGAAGACGGUUUUGAGGAUGAAGACGCGCAGGCAACAUCAAGGCCAUUCUGUGCUAUGAACCACGCAGUUGAGAACUCCACACUCAUAAAUUCACCACCUAUUGUACUCGGAACACCAGAACUUCCAAAACCUCUUGACGUUGCUUUUCAGACUAAUCAUUCCGGAGACCUCAGGCAUGAAGGUCUCGAGUCUUUCAGUUUUGACCAAACUUUAGAAACCCAAGAAAGCUCAGAGGAAACCAAAAUAAACUGUAGCAUUGUAAAGCUAGCUAUGGAUCCAGAGUCGGAUUUGACCCCAAACUGUGAGCAAAUAACCGAUCUGGAAUGGGUGGAGGCCGCUAUUGAGGAAGAUCACAACGAGGGAAACGGGAAUCACAAAGCUUCAGAUGGAUGCAAGAAGGACUCCGACUUAUUAGUUCCGAUGGAUGCUGCCUGCUGUAUGGCGCAUGAAGUUUUUCUCGAUAAUUCACCCGAUGUUGCGCCGUGCCUCAGCAUCCGCCUGCAGAAUCCUCAAACCCUGGUGGUCAACCAGGAGCCCCAGGCUCUACUUCCACUGCAGGAUGACUAUGCUGUGGGUUCACCAAACGCAGAGAACCAGACGACCGGACUCCUGGGUGAUGCGGCGUCUCGUACUUCAGCCGAGGACGGGUCUGACUGCACCAUGAGUGCAUCGACUGGUUCUGACUGGACCGCGUCACCAGUCGGCAGCAGAGGGAUGCAGAGUCUGCGUCAGAAGAAGAAAGCCGGGCAAGGGGCUUUGAGGUUUGUGCGCCAGUACCCCUUUGCUAUGCAGGCGCUGUGGUGUUUGCUGAGCGGCAGGACGCUGGUGGUGCUCGGGGAGGAUGAGGCGAGGGUGCGCCGGCUGGUUUCCGCCCUGGCUCUGUUUGUGCCGGCUCCUGGGAGGUGUGGAGAGAGAGUCCAAGCCUGGCUGUGCUGCCCUUUCACCCUUACUGACCUGCAAAAGUGGAAACUUAUUGGAUUGCAAAGAGUGGCGUCCCCUGUGGGUUCCAGCAUGCUAUACUCACUGUCCCGCUACAGUCGCUACAUCGCCAUCUUGGACGCCGACCAGAAGACCUUGCGCUGUCCGCCUUACCGCGGCCAACUGCUCGCCAACAUCGCCGACCACCGCACCUACAUUCGCCGCGGCUCCACCUACUUCCUUCACCUGCAGAGCACGCUGUGCCGCCUGGCCGCCGAGGCCUUCCUGUUCACCUUCACCCACCACCUCCAUCUGCCGGUCAACGCCACCGAGGGGGCGGAGGGCGUGGAGAGCCGACGUCGAUGCUUCCUACAGGAGCAGCAGGGGCUGGGGGAGGACGACAGCCAGAUAGUGCUCUACCUCAGCCAGCUCAUUACUCAGCAGUACCUGCACGCUGCAGACGGACGUAGCGCAGCAGCGCCUCCUUUUAGUUUUAACUACACCACCAGCGUUUUAUACAAAAUCUGAUAUUUUAGAAAGGGAGCCUCCCUUUUGGUUUUUAAUAGACUGAACUGGUCGUUUUAAUUUAACUGCACUGGUCUUAUUGUGUUAUUCUGCAAAUCUAUUGCAUAUUUGCCUUGCUGUUUUAUCCCUGGUCUCAUUUGUGUGUAGGAAACAAAGACGUUGUAGUGAAUGUCGGAGAGAGUGGGCCAUAAAGCACGUUGACUUGGCGGUUACAUUGCGGGAUCAAUCCCAAAAACAUAUACUACAGUAAACCUCGGAUAUAUCGGAUUCAAUUGUUCCCACUGGUUUUGUCCGAUAUAAGCGAAAUCCGUUAUAUGCGUAUACCGGAAAAUGUCCGUUUUACGCAUAUAUCGGAUUUAUAUCCGGUAUAUGCGUAAAUCGGAUUUUAUCCGUAAUAAAAAGGCACUUCCUUGACUAUGUUUCCAAUGUACCUGGACGCGCAGGCAACGCUGCAAAUGACGUCGUAUAGCGGCCUGUCACGAUUCGGCGAAUCGGAGCGCCACGAUGCGGCCAUCAGAUAUAUGCGAGGGAAAUUUAAUGGAAAUGCAUUGGAACGGGCGGCACGGCGGUCUCGUGGUUAGCGCGCAGACCUCACAGCUAGGAGACCAGGGUUCAAUCCCCACCCUCGGCCGUCUCUGUGUGGAGUUUGCAUGUUCUCCCCGUGCAUGCGUGGGUUUUCUCCGGGUACUCCGGUUUCCUCCCACAUUCCAAAAACAUGCUAGGUUAAUUGGCGACUCCAAAUUGUCCGUAGGUAUGAAUGUGAGUGUGAAUGGUUGUUUGUCUAUAUGUGCCCUGUGAUUGGCUGGCCACCAGUCCAGGGUGUACCCCGCCUCUCGCCCGAAGACAGCUGGGAUAGGCUCCAGCACCCCCUGCGACCCUCGUGAGGAAAAGCGGUAGAGAAUGAAUGAAUGCAUUGGAACGGGACUGGAGAUUUUGUCCGAAAUAGGCGAAAUCCGUUAUAAAAAAUCCGAUAUAUGCAAUGAAUUUUUAUUGGAAAUGCAUUACAGAAAAAUUGGUUCUUUUUUAUCUGUCCGUUGUGAGCGAAUUUCCGAUAUAUCCGAGGUUUACUGUAUUAUGUGUGUGCGUACAGUAUAUUUAUAUAUUUUUUUAUAAUAGUAAUCCGACACUGCUGUUAGUGUGUACAAACUUGCUGAUUUACUACACUGUCCUAGUGCCCUCCUUGUUUUUUUUAACCCACAUUCCUGCAGGAACACAUGGGUGUCCAUUUUCAUGCAACACUGGAUUGGAUUUGACUCUUGAGAGCACAGAGUUAAAAUGCCUUGUUGAAUUAAGAAAUAGCGGUGACGCAUUCUUCCAUGGGGGGUGGGGGGGCGGCCCGCCGCUAAGAUCCGUAAGUGUGUGUGUCUUUAAAGCUAUUUAACCUUAUUGUAUUGAAUUUCACUGUUGUCUUAAAAGGUGUGAGAGUGUUGUGGUGUCAGCAUGAAGACCGUCUUGUGCCACGGUGAAUUAUUGUGUAGGUGAUGCUGCUUUGUCAUAAAUUUACGGACACAAACAAGAUGGCGAUGUCGGUUGGUGCGGAUGGAGCGUUGAUAUACAGUACAUACAGUUGCCUCAGUGCUUUUUUUUCAUUAAUGCAUUUACGUCGCAAAGUCUGUGAUGUUGCUGUAAUUGUGUAUCCAGGUAUGUAACUGUACAUGUGACUGCAUGAGGUGAAAGGUCAAACUGACAUUGAAGGCAUGCUUGUUGCGACAUUAAUCUUACUUCCCGUCACACAUCGUUUUGCUGCAUGUGACCAUAUUAAGUGUUUUUUUUAGCGAUUGUCCCACUAAUGCAAAAAAAUGUGAAUGUAAUCAGAUCAAGCCAUACCGCAAUGUGCUUAACAUGUAAACACAUAGUGUCCUUAAGUUACAUGUCGCGUCUGUUUUGUGCACACGGUCCAUCUCAACGUGAGUGGGAGGUAUUAUAUCUACAACAGAUGGGUGUUUUUAAAUGUACUUUAUUUUUUUUAGGUCAGUUUUUAUUUUUUUUUCAUUAAAUUAUUUCAAAAUGUUUGCACUUAUAUUUGGUUCACAUGUUGAUUAUACUUAAGCUCACUGUGAUCCUGGAAUAACUAAUGCAACUGACAGAUCAUUAUUAAAUAUAAAGUGCUCCAACAGA